CAAGUUUUCAUUUCAUAAUUUGGAGAGUAGAAAAACUCUCUGGCGAUUUCAGUGCUUGUUCUAGGUUUUCAAGAUCAAACCUGGAAAUUCUUCAUUUUAUGUUAAAUUUCUAAAUGGAUUUCAGUGAAUCUCAACAUCAUGACUCUCCUUCUCCUCUGACAAGAACUCUGCAGAGGUGAAAUCUUGACUGUUCAAUCUCCGGGUCACAAGCCAGGAGUUUCUGUUGUGUUGCUUAUAUUCCCAUGGACAACCUCCCCAAAGAAGUCACAUUAGAUAUAUUUUCUAGGUUACCGGUCGAGUCAGUAUUAGAUUGUAAAUUAGUGUGUAAAGCUUGGAGGGAUAUUUUACAGUUCCGUGCUGAUAAUUUCUUUGCCGAUCUCCAUCUACAAAGCCAGCAUGGUCUUCGAUUAAUGCAGCCGCAGGAGCAACACAAGCAGUGUCUUGAUCAUGAAAGUAUCCAUGAUUUCCCUAAUUCUGAACCACUAAGUUUCUUUGGAUUUGACGGACAUGCUUUCUACUAUGCUGAGUACCAUGCCAGUGGUGAGAUUACUGAUAAGCAGCCUAAUUACCAAACAAAGAAGAUGAACCUUAAAUUUCUGGACGUCGUGCAGGGAUUUGUUGGUUCGUGUAAUGGAUUGGUUUGCUUAUCAGUCAACUCAAAGUAUAAAACCAUCUUCUAUGACAACGAUGGCAUUGAGAGAAACUUCAUAUAUCGUGACGAACCUUCAUACGUUUGUAAUCCCAUUACAAGAGAAUACGUGACACUUCCAGCAGUGUUGAUUGACGAGAAGAAAAGCAGAUGCGGUGUUCGCGUGGUGCAUGGAUUUGGUUACUACCCUCCAACAAAUGAGUACAAGGUUGUUAGAAUCUCCUAUUUUGGAAACACUAGUAAACCCCCUUUCAAGGGGGAGAUUGAGGUGUAUACACUUGGUAGUGACAGUGGGUGGAGAAGCGUAGGAAAAACGAGUUAUGGUUUGCUAUUUAAUUCCGCUGCAAGCGUCUGUGUAGAUGGAACUCUUCAUUGGUUUCAGAAGCGGUUUUUGAGUAUUAUGGCCUUUGAUCUGGGAGUGGAGAAAUUCUACUUGCUUCCUUCUCCAUAUUCUGAAGGGAAACUUUGUGUUAUCAGAGGGUUCUUGUGUGUGUUAUCUGAAUCUCUGGAAACACUGGUUUUUAAGGAAGGACCCCUAUACGUCAUGGAGUUGGAAUUUAGUGUUCACUACAGGAGGGAUUAGGGGAUGUAUUUUAUUGGCCAUUACAAGAAGGAAUGAAAUUUUAUUGGGGAAAUGUGGGAUGGUUAUUCGACAUAAUCUGGAAACAGAGACUUCAGAAAUGAUUUUCGACAAGAAGGGCUAUGCAAGUUGGCAGCUACCAUAUUCACACUUCAACAGUAUUGUUUCACUGAACACGCUAGGAGAAAGCAAUGUACUGAUAUUUUCAGAUUGACCGCAGGCAGAUUUAAGGAACUGUAGGCUUCGGGAUGUCACAAGUUAACAUACACUUGGGUAUUACGAGUUUUAGUUGUGGUCAUUUUUUUAUUUUAACGGCUGAUUCCUGUCUUUUUGAAAGAAGAACAGUCUUCCCUAUGUUAUGUUAUGAGAUAAAUAUUUGGUGGGCAUUGACUGGCA